UCUUUUAUGGCGAAGUGGCUUGACUGGCAUUAUCGUUCAACCCACCCCGAAGCCGCUCGCUGUCCGUCAAAAGUAUUCCAAUCAAAACAUUCAAUUACAGUUGGUUUAGCGUAGCGUGUGUGUGGACUUAUGGAUGGUGGUGCUCCGGUAGCUGUGGCUCACGCCGUGUGACGGUUUGCGCUGGUGUUUGUGCCAUCGACGGCCGUCGAGAGUGGUUCUGAGCGAUGGACGAGCAACAAAGAAUGAUGCACCCAGUAUCACAACAUCCCAUCGUAAGCAUGGCGGGUCAUGUUGUCCCCCAGCACGGUUAUGGUAUGGCUCCCCAAUCGCAUGGUGUCGAUCCUACUGGCCAACAAGGUGCGCCCGAUCAGGAACCCAGAAAACACGACAUUUCGGAAAUUCUUCAACAGAUCAUGAACAUCACCGACCAGAGUUUGGACGAAGCACAGGCGAGGAAACACACGCUCAACUGCCAUCGGAUGAAGCCAGCCCUUUUCAGCGUCCUCUGUGAAAUCAAGGAAAAAACAGUGUUAAGCUUACGGAACACGCAAGAAGAAGAACCCCCCGACCCACAACUCAUGCGACUGGACAACAUGCUCAUCGCCGAAGGGGUUGCGGGGCCUGAGAAGGGCGGCGGCGCUGGCGCCGCGGCCAACGCUUCGGCCGCCGCCGCAUCGGCUGGGGGACAGCCCGAGAACGCCAUCGAACACUCCGACUACCGAGCAAAAUUGGCGCAGAUCCGACAGAUCUACCACCAGGAACUUGAGAAGUACGAACAGGCGUGCAACGAGUUCACGACGCACGUGAUGAACUUGCUUCGGGAACAGAGUCGGACGCGGCCCAUCACGCCCAAGGAGAUCGAGCGUAUGGUGCAGAUCAUUCACAAGAAGUUCAACUCCAUCCAAGUGCAGCUCAAGCAGAGCACCUGCGAAGCUGUCAUGAUCUUACGCUCCAGGUUCUUAGAUGCGAGGAGGAAGCGUCGAAAUUUCAGCAAGCAGGCGACGGAGAUAUUGAACGAGUACUUCUAUUCCCACCUCAGCAACCCAUACCCCUCGGAAGAGGCCAAGGAAGAGCUCGCCAGGAAGUGCGGCAUCACCGUUUCACAGGUGUCUAAUUGGUUCGGCAACAAGCGGAUACGAUACAAGAAGAACAUAGGAAAGGCGCAAGAAGAGGCAAACCUCUACGCAGCCAAGAAAGUCUUCCCGAAAAAGAAAAAAGCCAACAACACGGCGGGAGCAUCGGCGUACAGUAUGGUGCCCACGACGCAGGGUCAACAGGGUCAAAUGAUUAGUCCGCCCCCGCCAGGGGGACCACAGGACUCCAUGUACAACAUGAGCAUGAAUGGCGGAGACUCCUACCAGAACGCCCUGGGCCCCAACGUGCAAUCGCAGCUCCCGCACAGCCUGCACGCCAUGGCCUACAGCCCACCUCAGAGUUCGGAAAGCUCUACUCCGCUGAGCCCACUGUGAGCCCCGGCCAGCCAGCCAGCAUCUGUGAGGUGACCGCCCAAGAACGUUGCCUCGAGAACCUCAUAUUCUCACGUUGUCCCGUCGCCUCGUUGUGUGCCAUCCAAGCAAGGAUCUUCCCUCGUCGCGAGAGGACGUCAUCUUGGACAGACUGUGUGAUGUGUGUGUGUUUAACACCUUGAGGACGACCCUACCGACUUUUCAGUGUUUUUUUUUUUUUUUCUGCGACGACUGUGAGAGACUGUGGCGAAAUGCCCACGUCCAUUAGGGUCGAGCUCGACCCAGCAAUAGUCCGAAUUGCGAUCACUGUUUUAACGUUUCAUACGCCAUAAUCACGAUAUUGCUCGUGUUGUUCUCUGCAUUGUGUGCUGGGGAAUGUCCAAGGGACUGUCCGACAGGUCCGGUCGGUAACCUCGCUGUAGGCGUUGUUUGCUCCGCCCGUGGGAACAAGAAUUGAAUGCCUCUUAUUUUUAUAUAUAUUUGUUUAGUUUGAUGCCACUCUGUUGCAAUAUUCACUUGGGAACCUCGUUCUCUGGACAACCUUUGCGGGCCUUAGCGUGAACCUUGAGCUCAAAGUGCCACUCAAGACGAAAUAUUGUGUUUUUAGGAUUCGACCAAAUGUAUGUCAUUAUCAUCUGCAUCUCUCGUAUUGUAGUCCUUCAAAAUAUGUUACGUGGAAGUAACGUAAAAGUAAUUUCAAAUUUCCAGAAGCGUGGCAUUCUGCUUCCCGUCUAGUAACGUUGUCCUUCCGAAGCGCGGCUGCAGUACGCUACGACAGUUUGUCUGUGCGCAGUGGAGAGGGUAAAGCUUGAAGAACCACUUGACAAGCUCUCUAUCCAGUCAAAAGGCAGCAAUAAGGGGGCAUUUGUAGACCAGCAUGGAUCCACGUGCGCGCGUCACCUUGAAAUCUUACCCUGUUAUUUGAAAGAGGGACCAAUGAGGUCGCUCCGCUGGCAGUAGGGGAGAGAGGAAAAUUGGGGAGCUGCGCAGAUGGUUGACCCACUAGCAUAGCGCAUUAGUCGCCUUCCGUCGUGUGGCCAGAGUCACGGACCGCGAAGGUGACUGUGCCGUUGCUAAGAGGCGAACGCUCGCGCGCACUGUGACGUCAUCUACUCUUGGAGAAACCGAAACUACGAAUAUUUGCCCAUUCUUUGAAGAAAUAAUGAAAAUGCGUAAUGUCCACUGACGGUAUUUGCGCUUUGCCGUACCGAAUCUUGGAAUAACGUUGCUUUAUAAAACGAAAUAAAAUUGUGACUUUUGGAAUGGAGUGGCACUUUAAGGAGGAAACUGUGCCACAAAGUGCAUCCCUUUUAUAGGGGAAGCGGUGUCAGUCUUUGCCCCUUUUUUAUUCUCUCAAGGUGCAAGGAACGCCAGGUUACUAGAGAAGCAGAAAAGGAGGAGUCAGUCAAGCUGCCUUGCUUGCAUGAUUUUUUUUUCUUUCGACGAUCGCUUACAAAAGGACUUUCAACGUAGUUAAAAAUGAGGUUACCUAACAUUUUAAACUUUUUAGACUCGGUGUUACGCGCAUGUAAAUGUAGUUUUAUCGCCGUACUUCACGAGCAAUGCGGAUUUCGUGGCAACUUCGACACAGUGAUGCUCCUUGCUUUCUGUUUUAAUUUAUAAAAAAAACCUAUGAGUGCAAUUUGGACCAAAAUUGCGACGUAUGAGUGCUGAGGGCUCAGGAUAUCGAAUAGAUAAAUUUUGUGAGAUUAAGAUGCUACCGUUUUACGGUACAUUUAAAUUGAGCAGGCAUUCACAUUUCGUUGUUUUCCUGCCCCCUGUCCUUCCCGAUGUCGAGAGCUUGUGCACUGGCUCGGAUAAGUCCUUCGUGGAACUCUGAAUGCAUGACACCGUGAACGAACACCAGUUAUUUCACUUGAUGUACGUUUCCUCGGGCGGAGCAAGCGUAUCCCGUGCAGCGCAAAUAAAUCCCCCGGAAGCACAACAUCUUCCCCCAAUACUGGUCCAAUAUUGGGCCAGUACAGCCGAUGUCCAGCCAAUAUUGGGUCAAGAUGUUGCGCUCCUUAUGAAAUGGUGCCGGAUGCUGUUCACUCUAAUUCUGCGUACUGAAUCUCUACCUUGGUCAUUGUUACGGAAUGCACUUGCUGCCAAUAAAAACUGAUGGAGAGUACAAGGUUAAA